GCCAGGGCCUCUUCCCCAGAAAACCUCCCUGGGACCAGCAGCUGGAGAUGGGGAACAUGGACGGGAAAUCCGUGGAGGAGCUGAGCACCACCGAGUGCCACCAGUGGUACAAGAAGUUCAUGACAGAGUGUCCUUCAGGCCAGCUCACCCUCUACGAGUUCAAGCAGUUUUUUGGCUUGAAGAACCUGAGUCCGGCGGCGAACAAAUACGUUGAGCAAAUGUUUGAGACGUUUGACUUUAAUAAGGAUGGCUACAUAGACUUCAUGGAAUACGUGGCAGCCCUGAGCCUGGUGCUGAAGGGGAAGGUGGACCAGAAGCUCAGGUGGUAUUUCAAGCUCUACGACGUGGAUGGCAACGGCUGCAUCGACCGGGCUGAGCUGCUGAACAUCAUCAAAGCCAUUCGCUCCAUCAACCGCUGCAACGAGAAGAUGACGGCCGAGGAGUUCACAGACAUGGUGUUCAACAAAAUCGACAUCAACGGAGACGGCGAGCUGUCCCUGGAGGAGUUCAUGGAGGGCGUGCAGAAGGACGAGAUGCUGCUGGACAUCCUCACGCGCAGCCUGGACCUGACCCACAUCGUCAGGCUGAUCCAGAACGACGGCAAGAACCCCCACGAGGCCGGGCAGGACGCCCAGGCUGCCCAGUAGCCCCCGGGACGCCUUCCCCCGGCCUCCCCACAGCCGUGGGGCUGCUCUCCCCGCUGGCAGAGCUGUCCCGGGUGCAGGGACCGCGCUGUGACACCGCGGGCAGCGGGAGGAGAGGCCCCUGCAGGGAGGGCUGCACGGCUGGGCUGUCCCACACCGACUGGGAUGGCCUCGGGGCUCUGGACGCUGCUGCUGCUGAGCUCAGAGAGGGCACAGCCAGAGCUCCCUGGGCAGGGGAGCAGCACGAGGCUGUGCAGGCCAGGAACUCCCUGAGGACACCCCAAAACUGCCACCCAGGCCGUGGGCAGCACCCCCCAGCGGGGCCCAGCAGGGGCUGCCCAGGACUUGGCCCCGGUGAGAGGGGUCCUGGAAAAGCAGAUCUGAACCUUCUCCUCCCAUUUGUAAUUCCAGAGCAGGCAGUCAGCAGUUCUGGUCACUCCUUCCUUCACUGGUUAUGGUUUGGUCACAGUGAUAGUGAUAACGUGAGUUAAAACAUUUAUGAGCUAGCAAAAGGGGAGGGGUGAAUGCAGUGGCUUUGUUUAAAGCAUUCAAAACAUUGAACGGUGCCUUUUUUUAACGACCUCCUGGACUGGAAGGAAAUGUUUCUCCCUGAAGCAUCGGGAAGGAAGGAAGUGCUCCCAGAGGAGCAGAACCAGCACUGCAGGAACCCGAGAGAAGCUGCAGGACCUUUCCUGCUGUGUCACCACCUGGCAAAGGAGCACGGGAGGCUCUGGCCCCUUGUGUGUGGGUGCUGCAGGGGGAGCUGCUCCAGAGGGUGAGACCAGCUCAGGGCAGUGCCCGAGGUCAGCCCUGGGCACCCCCUGGGCACCCCCAUGCCCAGGCAGGGCUG